AUGAAGCUUCUCGAGGUGAAAAGACUCACGACAGAGGCUGGAGAGGCUGCGGCAAAGUCGUUCCAGGACCUCCAGCAAAGUCUGUCGGAUUUGAAGGAGCAGCGCUCAGAGUUGUCGUCCAAGACGGCGCAGCGACGCGCGAACAUGCUCCUGAGAGAGGCUGUCCGGCAGGUGGAGUUCGUGGAGUCUGCAGCAGCCGACAUGGCUGCUUCGCGUGAGCAGUGGGCCAAAGAUGACUGCACACUGUCUCCUACUGAGCUCAGCCAGGCGACAUCUCACACCAUGUCCCUCGAGAAGGCCGUCAACAAAGCCUUGGCAGAGGCACGCAAGCUGCUCGCAUGUCGGCAGAUCGACGCCCGCAGCAAGGGCAACGCUCCUGCACUCUCGAACGCUCUGACUGAGCUGCAAGGCAGACUGGCCAAGGUGCAAUCCGACGUUUCCAGCCAGCGCAAGCUGUACCAGUCGGUGGAGCAGAGGGCCGCUCAGCGUCGCCUUCAAGCCGAAGUGAAGGAGAAGUUGUCCGAGAUCGAAGGGAAGCUCGUGGCAAACGAGAUCAUCGCGUCGAAGUUCGACAAGACCCUCGCGAUGAAGUCGGCUUUGGUGGAGAAGUCUGAGGAGAUAGCGGCGCAAGUGAAGGGUGCCGAAGCAUCCACCCAGGAGGUGCAUCUUGCGUUGCGUGGUCUCGCGCGGCAACUGGAGUCACGCGGGGCCACUGCAGCUUCGGCACUGGAGCAGCUGAGGUCUGUGGAGCAGCGUGCACAGCAGACGCAGAGCAAGCUCAAGGAGCACUCGGAGUCGCUGUUCGUCCAUCGCAUCCUCCAGGAUGCAGAGCAGAAGAAAGCGGAUUGCGCAGCUGCCUUCGACAAGGUCUCCAAGCGCCCGUGGUCUGAAAGCAACCUGGAAGCCGCCGAGGUGGGCCGCCUCCUCACAGAGUGGGAGAAAGCGAUCCAGACCACCAUCAUGAUGGCUUCGAACGCGAAAACCGAUGUGGCUAUGAAGCGCCUAGCACUGAAGCGCAUCACCUCCGACGUGGGUGUGAAGGGGCUCGAGGCCUUGAACGGUGCGGCGGGUGAGGUCGAAGGAGUUGGCUCUCGUUUGGCGAAGCUGAAAGCCAAAGUCGUGGAGGAGCGCCGGGCCCUCUUUCAGCGGCCGCGUGAGGCGUCGUCUUGA